CUUCUAUUCUGAUUCUGACUCACUUUUGUAAUGAUGGACUGUGUUAAAGAGGAGAGUGAAGACAUAAGUGAUGCAGAUUUGGACACAAAGAGAGAUUAGGAUGUUGAGGAACAAAGAGAUUGACGAUAGGGACCUUUAUUUUGCCUCUCGAAGCCUGACGUGCAAUGACGUCAUACGGAGUGUACUGCGCCAGUGCGGCUGCGGCUCUUCAGUCGGUUUUAUAAGAUACUUGCAUUCUGCUGCUUGUGGCCCCUCACAACAAAGGCACAAAAUCACUUUCGAGCACCUUCUUCUGGACUGUUCCCAUGACCUGCCUGUCACACCUGCUGAAACAACACAUGCUACUACUUUACUAUUCUGACCCACCUUUGUAAUGAUGGAGUUUGUUAAAGAGGAGAGAGAAGACACAGAUAUAGCAGAAUGGGAUACAAUGAAAGCUGUGAAUAACGAAAUGCAAAGAGACCUGAUUGUAGUCAAAGUGGAAGGUCAAGAAAACAGUGAAAUAGAGAACGGACAUCAGCAUCACAGUUAUAAUCCUGUAGAAACUGCUUUCAACUGUUCACAAACUAUUGAGGAUUCCCUUCAAGAAAGAACCGCAGACGUAAGUCAUCUGGGUAAAAGGCCCUUCGCUUGCCGUCAAUGUGGAAAGAGUUUUGUUAAUAAAGGAAAUCUUAACCAUCACAUAAAGACUCACUCAAGAGAGGGGCCCUACAUCUGCCCUCACUGUGGUAAGACUUACACAUAUAAAGGUCACUUUAAGGAACAUUUAGUAGGUCACACAGGUGAGAAGCCUUUUACGUGCCCUCAGUGUGGAAAGUGUUUUUCACAAAAAGGAAACCUUAAUGUUCACAUAAAGACUCAUGCUGGAGAGCGGCCAUACACCUGCCCUCAGUGUGAAAAAACAUACACGUUUAAAUGGCAUCUUAAGGACCAUAUGAUAACUCACACUGGCCAAAAGCCUUUCUCGUGCCCUCAGUGUGGAAAGUGUUUCAUACGUAAGGCAAGCCUUAAUAUUCAUUUAAGAACUCACGCCAGUGAUGGGCCUUUCACCUGCCCUCAGUGUAACAAGAGCUUCCCAUCCAAAGUACAUUUAGAUUGUCACAUACGAGUUCACACGGGAGAGAAACCUUUCGCGUGCCCUCACUGUGAGAAGAGUUUUUCGCAACAAGGACAUCUUACGUAUCACAUCCGAAUUCAUACAGGUGAGAAGCCUUACUCGUGCCAUCUGUGUGGUAAGAGUUUCACACAGCCUCAGAAUCUGAAAUGUCAUAUGCAGUUUCACUUGAAUGAGAGGCCGUUUGGCUGCGAUCAGUGCAGUAAAAUGUUUGUUUCGUCAGCGCUGCUAAGGAGACACCAGAAGACUCAUACAGGUGAGAAGCCGUAUUUGUGUUCUGCUUGUGGGAAGUGUUUUCAAUCAGUCGGUUAUCUUAAAGUGCACCAGAAGAGGCAUACGGGCGAGAAAAGUCACCUGUGCUCUGUGUGUGAAAAAGCCUUUCUGAGAGCCACAGACCUGAAGCGGCACCUCAAGGUCCACUCUCGAGAUAAUCCCAACAAGAGUUCACACAGUGAAGAGGGAUCUAUUGAGUCUAGGAAGGAAGUUGAUAAAACACAGGAGACUGCGCACUGUGGAGAAGCCGCACCAAGUGCUGAUAAACGCGCCUAAUGAAUUACUUUCUUUUUGUGCAUUAGCAAGAGUGAAUUCUGUGAUUGUUUGUUUGUUAGUUAAUAUGAAUAUGUAUUACCACAUAUAUACUACAUUUGUACUCAUUUAUUAAAAAGUGGCACCAAUAAUCUGUCUUUAUUAAUAUACAGUGCUUAUUAAUAUAGAUCUUUUGUUAUCUUUGUCAAAUAUCAUGGCAGAGAGAGUCUUUUGUUGAUGUGGCAAACAAGUAAUUAAACUGCUCCAGUUUGGAGAAUAUAAUGAUUAAAGAUGAUGUGUAAUUAGUAUUACAUUUGAAAAACUUGUGGUGAUUUUGUAGUUGGUAUGUAUAUACUGUAUAUAUAUAUAUAUAUAUAUAUAUAUAUAUAUAUAUAUAUAUAUAUACAGUCACCUAAAGGAUUAUUAGGAACACCAUACUAAUACUGUGCUUGACCCCCUUUCGCCUUCAGAUCUGCCUUAAUUCUACAUGGCAUUGAUUCAACAAGGUGCUGAAAGCAUUCUUUAGAAAUGUUGGCCCAUAUUGAUAAGAUAGCAUCUUGCAGUUGAUGGAGAUUUGUGGGAUGCACGAAGCUCCCGUUCCACCACAUCCCAAAGAUGCUCUAUUGGGUUGAGAUCUGGUGACUGUGGGGGCCAUUUCAGCACAGUGAACUCAUUGUCAUGUUCAAGAAACCAAUUUGAAAUGAUUCGAGCUUUGUGAAAGGGUGCAUUAUCCUGCUGGAAGUAGCCAUCAGAGGAUGGGUACAUGGUGGUCAUAAAGGGAUGGACAUGGUCAGAAACAAUGCUCAGGUAGGCCGUGGCAUUUAAACGAUGCCCAAUUGGCACUAAGGGGCCUAAAGUGUGCCAAGAAAACAUCCCCCACACCAUUACACCACCACCACCAUAAUUGCAUUAAUGAGAAAUUUAACAGGAGUUCCUAAUAAUCCUUUAGGUGAGUGUAUAUAUAUACACAUGUUCAUAUGAUUGUAACUUUUUAUAGCUUUGUACAUGGAUGUGAAUAUCGUCUUUAGCACCUUGCUGCAAUCUUAUUUUCCCUAAAUGGGACAAUAAAGCUGAGUCUUAGUCUGACAUGUCAUUCCAAACCCUUGGCUGA